AUGGACAAGUCAUGGAUUGAUUGGGCAGAUUGGUGUUCUAAGCCAUAUCGUGCGAAGUUAGAAGAUUUCUUGAACUUUGCAUAUGUCAAUAGGGAUCCGAGUUCAAGGAUUUACUGUCCUUGUAGAAAAUGUGAAAACCGAAAAUUCUUUGAAAAAGUAAUUGUGCGACAGCAUCUUCAUGGUAAUGGGUUUUGGAAGAAGUAUAAGAUCUGGGAUAAGCAUGGUGAGUCCAGGGAUGGUGCUGAUUCAUUGCAUAGAGAUGAGAUGUUUAUGGGGUCAGAUGAUUAUAUGGAAGAGGAUAUGGUGAAAGUGUUAAAUGGUUGGACUGACAAAUCUUUCAAAGACUUGCUUGACAUAUGUAACGAGUCUAUGCCAGAAGGUGUAAACCUUCCUAAUUCUUAUUAUCAAGCUCAGAAGUUAACUGAAGAUUUAGGGUUCACGUAUAACACAGUGGAUGCUUGCCCUAAUAGCUGUAUGCUUUUCAGAAAUGAAGACAUAAAUCUUGAUCAAUGUUUGAUAUGUAAGGCAUCUCGAUGGAAAGAAGAUGGUUGCAGUUUAGUUUCUGAUUUGGGACCUGGGAAACGGAAGGCAGCAAAACAAGCAAGAUAUUUUCCUUUGAAACCAAGGUUGCAGAGGUUGUUUAUGUCCUCUAAAAUUGCAACGCUUAUGAGAUGGCAUGCCGAGAAACGAACUGAUGAUGGUGUGUUUAGGCAUCCUGCAGACUCUCUCGCUUGGAAGGAUUUUGACAAGAAACAUCCAAGUUUCUCCGGAGAUAUUCGCAAUGUAAGGCUUGGGUUGGCCUCAGAUGGAUUUAAUCCAUUCCGGACUAUGAACAUAGUUCAUAGUACUUGGCCUGUCAUACUAGUUCCGUACAACUUACCGCCAAUGAUGUUGAUGAAGCAACCUUUUAUCUAUCUUUCUGUGCUUAUUGAUGGCCCAAAAGGACCUGGUGAUAAGAUCGAUGUUUACUUGCAGCCACUCAUUGAAGAGUUGAAGGAAUUGUGGGAUGAGGGCAUAGAAACUUUUGACGCAUCAAGCAAUCAAAUGUUUCAAAUGCAUGCUGCCUUACUUUGGACGAUUAAUGAUUUUCCUGCCUAUGCUAAUCUAUCAGGGUGGAAUACAAAAGGUGAAUAUGCAUGCCCUUCUUGCAACUCUGAAACUGCUUCUAUAUGGUUGCCAAACGGUAAAAAGUUCUCAUAUGGUAGCAGCCGGCGGUUUUUACCUUAUGAUCACAAGUAUCGGAAGGAUCCCAGAUCUUUCAAUGGCUUACGAGAAUAUAGACGAUCUCCUACAACAUUAUCUGGAGUAGAUCUUCUCACCCAGCUUCAAUCAAAUGGUAUCCUUACAGAGUAUAGAAGAGAAGAUUUGCAGACAAGGCAAAUGAUGGGGCUAGAGAAACCUGAGAAAGAUCCUUUAAAGAAAAGGAAGCACAAUUGGAAGAAAAAAAGUAUAUUUUUUGAGCUUCCUUAUUGGAAGGAUAAUCUGAUCCGUCACAACCUUGAUGUCAUGCAUAUAGAGAAGAAUGUGUGUGACAAUGUUCUUGAGACCAUACUAGGAGUUGCUGGAAAAUCAAAGGACAAUAUCAGUUCUCGACGUGAUCUUGAGCUUAUGGGAAUUAGAGAGCAGUACCAUGUGAAGAGGAGGGAGUCCGGUUCAGAAUACUUUGAUCCUGCAGAUUUUGAGAUGAAUAAUGAUGGGAAAGAUAAGUUCCUCAUAGCCUUAUCAGAAACAAGAAUGCCGGAUGGUUCUGCUUCUCAUAUUGCACGGCGGGUACGUUUGAAAGAUCGAAGUAUCAGCGGUCUUAAAAGUCAUGACAAUCAUAUUCUUUUACAGCAAUUGAUUCCAUUAUCUAUACGAAGUUCUUUACCGAAGAAAGUGGUCGAAGGGCUGAUUGAUCUGGGCAAGUUUUUCAAAGUAUUGUGCUCCAAACUAAAUUGUGCAGCAGAUUUGGAAGAGGCACGUUCUCGGAUAGUGGUGACCCUUUGUGAUCUUGAGAAGAUAUUUCCACCAUCAUUUUUUGAUGUGAUGGAGCAUUUACCUAUCCAUCUAGUCCAAGAAGCAUUAAUUGCUGGUGCUGUGCAGUUUCGGUGGAUGUACCCCAUUGAGAGAUGUGGAGAGUAA